AUCUCAUCUGUCACAACAAGUUAGCAACGACAAACGAUACCUGCUUUGUUUGAAGCUGACGAACGUUUGGCUGUAAGGCAUAUUUGCCGCGCACUUGGAAUUAUUCGCAAUCAUGGACAAUAUCGACUUUGACAUCAAUGAUGCGCUCAAGCAUUACAUGAGCGAUCCCACGAACAUACACACCCCAGAAGCCGAUUCGAACCUCACCGACUGCGAAAACGACCCCGAAGCCUUUACGAACUCAUUGAUAAACAGUAUCUUGAAUCCUAUUGUGGAUUCUGUGGCAGAGAACCCAGAUGCUAUCACGAGAAUUUCUUCGUUCGACUCUUUGCAGUUCCUUUUAAAAUCAACGUCCAUACUCCCGCCACAUGCCCUGGGCAAAGUCCUAGACCUCGUCGUCUCGGGCUUGUCCGCCGAAGCCGAUAUAAUCAGCAAUGAUCUCGAGUCGGACGAGCAGGACAUUAUCGCACACCACAAACGACUUCUGGAAAUCUUCGGAUUUCUGUUGCAAUGGACGUUGGCAGCUGUCGAAACGAAGGCAGCGGAGAAGCCUACAACAACACCAGCAGCAAGAGGCAGAGGCAAGGCUGCCAAGCCAAAGGCUUCAGCAAAAGACGCCAACUGGGACUCGUCAGCGCAACUACAGGUUGCUCUCGAAGUCAUGUGCAAGGUUCUGAAGCUCAAGCUCUCGAAGAUUUUCCUCACUACAUCUGAACGCGAUACAUUUAUUGGCUUACUUACAAGGCCGGCAUACUUGGUUCUGGAGAGCGAGCAACGUGUCAAGAGCACAGCAAUCUGCAUGCAUGUUUUCAAGGUUUUGUGCAUUGCAGUGAAGCAUCAUGGGCACGCUUAUGCUGCCCAGAUCUCCAUUGUGCAGAAUUUAACAUAUUUUGAGCAUCUAUCGGAGCCUAUGGCAGAAUUCCUACAUAUCCUUGCUGAGCAGUACGACUAUCCCCAAUUGGCAGAUGAGGUCCUUAGGGAGCUUAGCAAUAAAGAAUUUAACAGCAAUGACACGAAGGGGCCGAAGUCGGUGUCUACUUUCAUGGUCAAGUUCUCUGAGCUAGCACCAAGGGUGGUUAUCAAACAGAUGACCAUGAUUGCAAAGCAGCUUGAUAGCGAAUCUUAUACCCUGCGUUGUGCUGUUAUAGAAGUAUGCGGAAACAUGGUCGCGGAUUUAAGCAAGCAGGAAGAGCGUGGAGAGAACCACAAAUCGCAGUUGAACGCCUUCUUCGACGUGCUCGAAGAGCGCUUCCUCGACAUCAACCCCUACUCCAGAUGUAGAACGAUCCAAGUUUAUAUCAAGCUCUGCGACCUUGAGCAGAAGUUCCCAAAACGCAGACAACGUGCGGCUGAGCUGGCAGCACGAAGUCUUGAAGACAAGAGCAGCAAUGUCCGCAGAAAUGCAAUCAAACUCCUUGGGGCGUUAAUCAAAACGCAUCCAUUCAGCGUCAUGCAUGGCGGGGAGCUCAAUUACCAGGAUUGGAAUGCCCGUCUGGAUGCUGUUGAUGCGCAACUGAAUGCUUUAAAACCUCCUCCUGAGACCCCUGGAUUGGUGGACAAGACUGCGGCAACUGUGGACGAAGCACUCCUUGAUGAAGCGACACAAAUGGAGACCGACUCUCCCCAAAAGCCUAUGACUGAUAGCCAGAAAAUUGCGGCGGUUCAGAAAGCUCAAGAGGAAGCAGCGACGUUCGAAGCAAUUGGCAAACUGACGCUCACAAGAAGAUAUUACGUCGAAGCGUUGAAGUUUAUUGAAGUCUUGCACGGAGCAACAACAACCAUCUGCCAAUUACUUGGCUCUAAGAAUAAGAGCGAGGUGAUAGAGGCGAUGGACUAUUUCAAAAUCGGUGACGCCUACAAGAUCGAGCAAAACAAGUUGGGCAUUCGACGCAUGCUCCGGCUCAUUUGGACAAAGGGAAACAGCGAUGAAGGAAAGGGUGUUCAGUCCCACCUAAUUGAUUGUUACAAGACAUUGUUCUUUGAAGCACCGGACUCCUUCAGCGCAAAUGAUGCGGCGAAUUACAUCGCGAGGAAUAUGAUCAGUUUGACAUUCGGAGCGACUCCGGCUGAGCUUACAUCGUUGGAGCAGCUUUUAAGCACCAUGAUGAAAGCAGGCCACGUUUCUGAAACUGUGAUUUCGAAGCUUUGGCGGGUGUACGGUGUACAGAAAAAGGAAAUUUCAAAGAGCCAACGCCGUGGUGCAAUUAUUGUGCUUGGUAUGUUAGCCACAGCAAGCCCUGAUAUCGUUGUUGGCGAGCUGGAGACAAUGCUUCAAAUCGGGUUAGGAGGACUCGGAAGAAGGGACCUUCAGCUUGCUAAAUAUACGUGUAUCGCCUUGCGCCGGAUCAGUCCAACAGGGCGCCAAUCCCAGGAGUCGGGUUCCAAAUUUUCAAAGCUCUCCAACGACCACGCGGUUCUCUCCAAGCUUGCUUCGAUAAUUGAAGUAGAGUCUGAUAGCAAAGAAUGGUAUGGUGUUGCGGAGCAGGCUAUCAGCGCCAUAUACGCCCUAUCCAAACACCCAGAUACACUGUGCUCGGAGAUCUUGCGAAGGAAGACGAAGCAUGUUUUCCAGAAGCGUCAAAAAUCAGAGGCGCCUGCGCCUGCUGCUGACCCAGAUGCCAUGGACGUUGAUAUGAUGGACGUUGACGAAGGGGCACCACCAACCCCCCCACAAGAAGAAGAAGAGCCAGCCGAGCCUGGCCAGAAAGGAUCUAUUGCAUUGUCUCAGCUGCUGUUCAUUGUGGGCCAUGUCGCUAUCAAGCAAAUAGUUCACUUAGAGCUUUGUGAAUUAGACUUCAAGAGGCGAAAAAAUGAAAAGGACAAGGUUAAGCCUGCCGAAACUCCAGCAGAGAAGCAGGCUAAGGAAGACACUGAUGAUCUCGACCUGAUUGGCGGAACUACGGAGGACGACUUCACGGAAGCUAUGGCACAUAUUAGAGAGCGAGAGCUUCUCUAUGGCCCGGACUCUUUACUAGCCAACUUUGGCCCCCUCGUGGCCGAGAUCUGCUCAAACAACACUAGCUACAAAGACCGUAACCUUCAAGCCGCAGCCACGCUUUGUUUAGCAAAGCUUAUGUGCGUCAGUUCCGAGUACUGCGAACAGAACCUCCCUCUGCUGAUUACGAUCCUUGAGCGCUCUAAGGAUCCCAUUACCCGCUCCAACGUCGUCAUUGCGCUUGGAGACAUGGCCGUCUGCUUCAACCACCUCAUCGACGAGAACACGGACUUCCUAUAUCGCCGCUUGAAUGACAAGGAUGCUAGUGUUAAGCGUACUUGUUUGAUGACGUUGACAUUCCUGAUCUUGGCUGGCCAAGUGAAGGUCAAGGGUCAACUUGGAGAGAUGGCGAAGUGCCUCGAGGAUGAGGAUAAGAGGAUUGCCGAUCUCAGUCGCAUGUUCUUCACUGAGCUUAGUACCAAAGACAAUGCAGUCUAUAAUCACUUCGUGGAUAUGUUCAGUUUGCUUUCGGCUGAGAAGGACUUGGAGGAAGACGCCUUGAAGAGGAUUAUCAAGUUCUUGGCUGGCUUUAUCGAAAAGGAUAAACAUGCUAAGCAGCUGGCUGAUAAGCUGGCAGCUAGGCUGGCGAGAUGCGAGAGUGAGAGGCAGUGGAAUGAUGUGGCAUACGCUCUAAGCCUGCUCCAGCACAAGAAUGAGGAAAUAACGAAGACAGUUGCGGGAGGCUUUAGGGUUGUACAGGUGAAUGCUUAAAGACAUGUAGGCUGAUAUUAUUAUGACGGGUUUGGCGUUUGGUCUCUAGGCAGUAAUGAUUACAUGACUUGCUCAUAGUCCACAAACAAUACCAUGCACAAAUAAUAUUUUCAAUCAUAACCCGG